GAUGCAAACAUAACCUGAAAUAUUUUGAGUUUUUCGUGUACGACGAUCAAUGAGAAGGAAAUUUUUAUCGCGGAAUCUCUCGGCUUAAGAAUACGAAUUCUUAGGAGUCGGAAAAAUGCUAUGCGAACCAUCGAUUCAGUUGGCCUAAAAUUUUUCAUCAACCUGAAGAAUAACAGCCUAAUACAGAAAAUAAAUACAGAACAAAAUUUGCCCAAAAUGGAUUAAUUAGAAACGGCAAAAAAAAAAAUCGACAAGGAUGACUGGAUGUGAACUCAAUCAAAUAUUCCUGGGAGAAGUCGCAGCUGUUCAAAACUAUGGGGCAUUUGUCAGAAUACCGGGGUGCACUCAGCAGGGGCUCGUUCACAAGUCGCAGGUCAGUUCUUCGCACGUGGACGACGUUGGCGAGGUGCUGCAGCGGGGGGAGCGAGUAUGGUGCAAGAUAAUAUCGAUAAACGAAGAGGGCAAAAUAAGCCUGUCGAUGAAGCUGGUCAAUCAGGGAAACGGGACAGACCUUGAUCCAAAUGGUGUCCAGCUUCAGAGGGAUGAACAGAAGAGGAAAACAUCGGCGCCUGGUCAGAGGAAAGUGAUCCAGCUACAGGCCGUGCUUAAUACAACGUGCUCUAAGUGCGGAACGCACGGUCAUCUUUCCAGUGAUUGCUUCAUGAGCCCAGGUGGCAAAACUUACGAGCUGAUACCCGAAAUCGAGGAGGAAGACGAAGCAAAAGAAGCGAGGAAACCAGACAUAGAGGAGGGUACAAUUGAGGCGAAGAUUAAGAAGCAUAAGUCUAAGAAAUCAAAGAGUAAGAAGAAAUCCAAGAAAUCAAAGUCAAACGAGGAAUCACCGGGCAAUGACAGUGAUUCUGAGGAUGGUGAGAGAGGGAAGAAAUCGUCAAAAAAACGAAGCAAGGAUAAGAAGAGAAAACGAAAGAAGGAGAAGAAGAGCAAGGAAAAUUCGUCGCAGAGUCACUCAACUGAUGAAGACGACAAGGAUGAUGCCGAAGAGGACAUUGAGAGAAUAAAAAGUUCUUUGAAGCGAAAGAUUUCCGAGCAUGGCAGAGAGAGGCGCACUAAAAAGUGUAAAUAUUCCAGCUCUAAACGUUAAGAUUGAUCAAGAAUAAUAAUAAUAAUAAUAAUAAUAAUAAUAAUAUUAUCUUCGAACAAAUCGAAA